AGUCCUUACUGAACACUGGUGGUGGUGGGUUGUGUAUCAUCCGCCAAAACUGUGUUUACAAGAAUGGCGUCAUCCCGAGGGUGGUUCCCGCUGCUAGCGUGUCUGGCUGUGGCUGGUCUUCCCUCCAGCGCUAACUUCAGGGAAGCAAGUCCAUGGGGCUGGAGAUGUGUGAACGAGACGUGUAUAAGAGAGGAGGAUACCGGUCAGCGCAGCCUAGCAGGCCUCAGCUCUUGUAAGCUCACGUGUAACAGAGACAGUGUCCUGUGGCCCAGGCCCACAGGUCUCCUUCGUGUUGGACAACAGACAGUCCACUUUAUGGCGGAGGCGCUGACGCUUCGAGGGGUGGCGGGUCCUACUGACGAAGUAAAGCAGUUGGUAACGAAGGCCUUCGACAUCUUCAAGGAGAACGUGAACAAUAACAUACCCGAAACAGGAGGCAAACCAAUGGUUUUGGGCCCCUUUAGUAGACAGGUAACGAGUCAUCGUGUAGACGUUGACGUGACAGUGAGUCGAGGAUCAACCAAGCUGUUACUUGAUACCUCGGAAGCCUAUACGCUUGGCCUCACCACCCGCGGCACCGUCACCAACGCCACCAUCCUAGCGACUACCUUCUUCGGGGCGCGACACGCACUAGAAACACUCUCUCAGCUAAUCGAAUUCGACGACCUGGCUGGCGUUCUUGAGAUUGUGUCAACGGCCGCAAUCACCGACGUACCAUUCUUCAAGUACCGGGGAAUUCUACUUGAUACAGCAAGGAAUUACUUCAGUGUUAAGUCCCUUGAACGCACCCUGGAUGCCAUGGCGGCCAACAAACUCAACACCUUCCACUGGCACAUCACCGACUCGCAGUCUUUCCCUCUGUACCUGGAGAACCUGCCCAAAAUGGCCUUUUUCGGUGCUUAUUCCCCGCGCCAAAUCUACAGGCCGGCGGAUGUACGCCACCUGGUGGAGUACGGCCGGGUGCGAGGGGUGAGGGUCCUUCCAGAGUUCAGCGCUCCCGGUCAUGUGGGUAACGGGUGGCAGUGGACUGAGAAGCAAGGAUUGGGCAAGAUUGCUGUUUGUGUAAAUCAGGAACCCUGGAGGUCGUAUUGCAGCGAGCCUCCGUGUGGCCAGCUGGACGUCCUCAACAACAACACCUUCACCGUCCUGUCGCAUAUUUACAAGGAGAUGGUAAACCUCUUCAGUCCCCUCGACCUCUUCCACUUUGGAGGAAGUGAGGUCAACCUCAAUUGCUGGAACACGACGGACGCGAUUGUGGCCCACUUAGAGGAAGCGGGUCUUGGGAGAAGCGCUGAGUCCUUUUACAAGCUUUGGGCAGACUUCCAGAAGUCAGCCUACCAUCUUCUUUCUGAAGCUAACCUGGGUAAACAGAUCCCUGGGAUCCUUUUGAACUCUCGGCUCACGGAGAUGGACAGCGCUGAGAGCCACCUCGACCCACAACACUAUAUUAUCCAGCUCUGGACUACUGAAGGAAACCAAACCAUCAAGAACCUCCUGCAGAAGGGUUUUCGAGUCAUCUUCAGCAACUACGACGCCUGGCAUCUAGGUUGUGGAUUGGUAAACCCAGUUUCUACUGGCGAAAAUUUGUGUAGCACCUACAUGGGCUGGCAAACCGUAUACGACAAUAGUCCAAUCAACAAUGUGAGGAACCUUACUGGAUCUUCGCAUCGUGAUCUUAUUCUAGGAGGCGAAGCAGCUCUCUAUACCCAUCAAGUAGAUGAAGGAACCCUGGAUUCAAAGCUGUGGCCGCGCGGGUCAGCUCUGGCGGAGCGGUUGUGGACCAACCCCGACAGCACCUGGCUAGCCGCUGAAACCCGACUCAUCCACCAUCGACAACGGCUUGUCAAGAGGGGCGUCAUGGCGGAGAGAAUCCAACCCCAAUGGUGUCACCAGAAUGAAGGCCUCUGUUACCUUUGAGCUGUCAUCGUGGUAUUAGCAGAAUAAAGGCCUCUUUUUUUCCUGUAAACAGUGAUAUCGCCAGAAUAAAUGAAGGCUUCACUGACCCUUAAUGAACAGCAAUAGAACCAAGGUACGACAAAAUAGGGUACAGUCAACUCAUACACAAGACAAAGCUAAUUUUUUCAUUAUCAAAUCCGUAUAUAUAUAUAUCGUUAGGUUAGGUUAUGCAGCUCGUUUGAGUUAGGUUCUGUUAGGUUGGAUAAGGUUAGGUAGGUUUUAAAAUCCGUUGGCGAACUACCUUGUGUACAAUGUGACUGGUAUCUGAUCUCUGUGAGUUUGUAACAUCUGCUGAUGUAGAUUUGACUAAAUGUAAACUCUGUCAGAAGAACUAUUCGUAUACUUUGCGUCAUUAUAUAAUGGAAUGUGAAAAAAUCGCGGAAUUCAGAGAUUCCAAAACU